AUGCUUCCCUACCUCUUCCUAGCUGCCACUCAGCUCUUCGCCUCAACAUCCGCCGCAUUAACCUACAGAGGAGCGGAUGUCUCUUCCCUCCUCAUCGAGGAAGGUAAAGGGAUCUCUUACAAGAACCUCGCCGGCACACCAGAAAGGCUGGAAACCAUCCUCUCGGCCAGCGGCGUCAACACUGUUCGCCAACGCUUCUGGGUGAAUCCCAGCGAUGGAUCGUAUAACCUGGACUAUAACGUUAAGCUCGCAAAGAGGAUACAGGCACAGGGGAUGGGCACGUAUCUCGACUUGCAUUACAGUGAUUACUGGGCGGAUCCAAGUGAACAGAGCGCUCCCUCGGGCUGGUCGAAAACGGACAUUGGAGUCCUGGCUGGACAAGUGUACGACUACACCCUGCACGUAUGCAACACGUUUGCGGCCAAUCAUCUCGAUGUGGAGAUCGUCUCCAUCGGUAACGAAAUCCGCAACGGCCUGCUAUGGCCCCUGGGAGGAACAAGCAGCUACAGCAACAUUGCACGGAUUCUGCACUCCGCCGCGUGGGGUGUUAAAGACUCCAAGCUGGCAACCACUCCCAAGAUCUUGAUCCACCUCGACAAUGGCUGGGACUGGGGCUCUCAGAGGUACUUCUACGAUCAAGUCCUGGCAUCCGGAUCUGCACUCCUCUCCACGGACUUUGACUACAUUGGUGUCUCUUACUAUCCCUUCUUCUCCGAGGAUGCGUCGCUUGCUUCGCUGAAGACGAGUCUUGCGAACCUGCACUCGACGUUCAAGAAGGAGACGCUAGUUGUUGAAACGAACUGGCCGGUUUCUUGUCCCAAUCCUGAGUUCCCCUUCCCGUGGGAUCUUAAGGACAUUCCGUUCUCGGUUGCUGGACAGCAGACUUUCCUUCAGAGACUUGGUAACGUUGUGGAGUCUGUUGGUGGGUUGGGUGUCUUUUACUGGGAACCUGCUUGGGUUGAUAAUGCUGGACUUGGAAGCAGUUGCGAUGAUAACUUGUUCUUCUCUUGGACGAAUGAUCAGGCUAGGGCUAGUCUGAAUACCUUGGGUAGUCUGUGA